AGGCGACAAGAGCAAUAGCAAACAAGACAGACUGUUUAUGGUAGCGGAAAAUAAAUUUGUACAUGAGCUCUUGGCAGGAACAGUAGGAGGCGUCGUAGGCAUCACUUUGAUCUUUCCUCUGGAUACUGCAAAAGUCCGACUACAGGCAUAUCCCCACUAUAAAGGCCCUAUCGAUGUGAUACGUUCGAUGGUGCGCGAGGGUGGAAUUAGCUCCCUGUACCGUGGGUUGUUGAGCCCUCAAGCUGGCUUUGGUGUGACGUUCGCGAUCUCCUUUGCUGGGUAUGGUCAGGGCACGCGGUUUUUUCGGAAAGGCGACAACAAACGAGAGCUGACACUAGGGGAAAUGACAGCAUCAGGUGCAUGGGCUGGGCUUCUACAGAGUCCUGCGCGUCAAAUAUUCGAAAGAAUAAAAUCAGUCAUGCAAGUCCGAAAAGCCGCUGGCGGGGCUGACAAACCCCCCUACCGAUGGUCAGGUGAAUGCCUGUAUGAGAUGAACGUUCGCGCCCUCCAAAAAAUGAUGGCUGCAUCGAACGCUUCCGGCAGCAGCAGCAAUGAAAGCAAUAUCGUACACCGGAAGCCUUCGUCCUCGACGCCUUUGCCUCCCCAUCUCCUCCUCCUCGCAGGCGGCGUGGCCGGGACAGUCCAAUGGCUCCCUCCUUUCUACUGUCUCGACGUGUUAAAAAGCCGAAUGCAAAGUGCCUUGCCUGGGGUGUACGACAAUGUUUGGGACUGCGCGAAGAAAAGCUACCAACAAGAGGGGAUAGGCGUUUUCUUUCGAGGGCUACCUGUGGCUUUGAUCCGGGCUUUCCCGCUAAAUGCCUGCAUCUUCCUGGGCUACGAAACCACGUUGGCCGCCCUGCACCAGGAGGAAGAAAUCCCGCAUCUGCCCCCCCCUGAGUAAAAGAAAAUCUAUUUUCAGGAGGGUCAUGUAUAGAGCAGGCCGUAGGCCGAUACGAUCACUGGAUGAUUUCCCUCGACGGCCCCUCUGU